CUAACUAGCCCCAUAACCCCCACCCCCCCCAAGAACGAACAAGAAGUCACUGAGUAGGCCUUGCUGGGCACCGCCACCAGGGUCACGAGAGGCCGAGUCGGAAUCAGCAGAGCCAGCCCCAGCCCCCAGCUGGCUGCCAGCAGCACCCACAGUGCCCACAGAACAGAGUGGUCUUCCGCCUGAGGGUGCAGGAUGAGCAGGCCAGUGCAGGGCAUCAUCGUGAGUGGCGAGGCCUCAGAGUCUGACGAGGAGGAGGAAUUCUGUGCCGCUCAGGUCAAGGGGCAGCUGCUUGUCCAGAGAGCCCAGCAGAUCAGAGCAGAGAGCUGCACAGCUAAGCAGCCAAAACUACAACAGCAGCAGCAGCAGCAAGCUGUAAAAAGGACUCACGUCUCUAUUCUUCACCAGAAGCUCUGGGAGGCCAAUGCAUCACUGGAGCGAAACUUGGCACAGUGUGUUCGUGGACCCAUGAAGGAACAAAGUGGCCGCAUCCAGCACCUCAGUGGGACCCUCUCAACAGUCCAGACUUCCACACUAACUACCUACAAUGCCCUCACUCAGGCCUCCCGCAACCUCACCCAGAUUGAUUUCCUUCUUGCAGGCUUGGUAGAUAACCCUUUAUCAUCUCUGAAGAGAUUACAAUGAUUAACCGUUUCUAUACGGCGACGCCAAUGUCGGCGUCCUGAAGUGCCCAGUACAAUAUACGGGACGCCGACGUCGGCGUCCUGACAGCUAAGCCUAUGUUGACAUCUUUAUUACAUUUAGACAUUUAGUUUUUGUUGGUGCUGAGUGAUCCCGUAUUCUGUUCUGACUCUACCUAGAUGGUCAUUCCAUAUCAAGUGGUCCAAUUUCAGGAAUCGGCCCCACCUCACCAUCUCGGAUUUUGAUGAAAUUUUGUACACAAGUUGGUACUUGGCCCAAACAGACCUGUGCAAAAUUUCAGCUCUGUAGCUGCUAUAGUUUCCAAGAUACAGUACCCUUGUUUUUUACCCCAAACACCGGAACCGGGACUGGCAGUUUCACGGAGGCAUUUUUAGGGGGCCUUUACUCAUUUGCUAUAUGCUUUGAGGUGCUGAAAAUGACUAAUCUGAGCUAUUAGAGAGCAUUAGACCCUAUCAAAGUUGGUCACAAACAAAAAAAAAUGCGAAAAAUGACCCAUGUUCAAUCAGUUAUCUGACCAUCACUCCAGUUUUUGAUCCUCUUUUUUUUGUCUCAUCGGAAAGAGCAUGUCAAAUAGCCUUGGAGACCAAAAUAUCUUUUUUGAGACUGAGUUGCUUCUUGGUCAAAUGCUAACUUGAAUUUGCCCUAGUUUUGGCCUUUCGGAGCUUGGCUGGAACUUUUUGAUGUGUAAAAAAUGUGUACUCUCUCAGACACCUAGAUUUGUACUUUUAAUCCUGCGUUGGUCCAUGGUGGCUGUGCCACUACCAAUUCUGUGCCAGCUGCUCACAGAUUGGUCUCCCCAUCGCCCAGGGGCCACGCCCGAUAGCCGUGCAGGUCCAGCCACAGGCCCUCCCACCUACCUCUCCAGUCCUCCAUGCUGUGCCAGUGUUGGGUUUCUUACAGGUUCCCAGCCAUAGCCAAUUUCUUCUUAUUACCUCAACUGAGUAAAGGCCCCCUAAAAACGCCUCCGUGAAACUGCCAGUCCCGGUUCCGGUGUUUGGGGUAAAAAACAAGGGUACUGUAUCUUGGAAACUAUAGGAGCUACAGAGCUGAAAUUUUGCACAGGUCUGUCUGGGCCAAGUACCAACUUGUGUACAAAAUUUCAUCAAAAUCUGAGAUGGUGAGGUGGGGAGCAUUGGACCACUUGAUAUGGAAUGACCCUACUAGAGACUCCGUAUAUGAUAAGGUGUCUUAUUUGACUUUCAAUGUUAUUAUAGUGUAAUAACAUAAGUGUGUCUUGAGUUCCUCUUCCUUUGAGUUGCCAAAUGGCUGGGUAGUGAAUGCUUAUCUCACCACCCCCCUCGGCUCAAGGACGCGGCCUCACCUCCCUGCCUCCCUUUCAACCUCCCGCUGUCUCUGUUCUCUUUCAUUCUUCCUUCCUUCCUUUUACCUCCCCCUUCCAGGGUGUGUGUGUGUGUGUGUGUGUGUGUGAGAGAGAGAGAGAGAGAGAGAGAGAGAGAGAGAGAGAGAGAGAGAGAGAGAGAUUUACAUAGAUUUACAUAGAAAAUCAGACCACACAGACCCCAUGGUCCAGACUAGGUGAUCUGUCCUUAAACCUAAGUGAUUUUACAUUAAUCAGAAGGCUCCUAAACGUUGCAUUUCUACUUAUAAUCUAUGUGUGUGUGUGUGUGUGUGUGUGUGUGUGUGUGUGUGAGAGAGAGAGAGAGAGAGAGAGAGAGAGAGAGAGAGAGAGAGAAUGCUAAUCUCUCGCAAAUUUCUCUGUAUAUUUAUGCUUACAUCUCAAAAUUAUCAAAUAAUUUAAGUUUCUCAAUGUGCACCAUUUAAUUUUGCAUGCUUUAAUAUAUAAUACAUGAUGAUUAUUUUGAAAUUAUGGCUGAAAACUUGUUAUAAUCAGAAGCGACGUUUGAAAUUUGGCGCGCGCGGCCAGCCCGGAUACGGGGCGGGGCGCCGUUUUCGCCCGGUCGUAGUGAAGGGGUUAAAGAGAUGGUUAGCUUUAUUAUGACCAUUUAAGUGUAGAAAGUACACAAUGUUGUAUAUUUUUUAGUGCCUUGAGCAGAAUCAUGUUUUGUCAGAUUCAAUGAAGUUCCUAUUAUGCUGUAAUUAAUCUGAAUCUGCCCAUUUAGUAAUGUUUUUGUUCGUAUGGAGAAAAUUAAAAUAAUGUGAAGGAAGGUUGCAAGUUCUUGCGUGGCACGUGAUCGCUUCUGGUUGGGAGCAAUACCAUUCUCUUGUAAUUACAACCAGGCCACAUUGCUCUUGUUCUUCAGUCUUGAGUAAUCAUUCAUCAAAGUUAUUUAAGAAAGUUUAUUCGAAUUUGAGAAAGAUUGAGCCUAACUUAGAGCUAGUUUAUUCUAGUGCCCCACACUUGUGAUUUGAGUCAUCAUGCAUGACUGAUGAUCACAUUUUUCACACCUUAUCUUUCAUAAAGCAAUAUUUUAUGUUGACUUUCAGGGUACAAAAUGUGUAUGAAAUACAUAUCAAAAAUACAUCAUCAUAAAAUAGUGUUUCUGCAACCAAGAGAUUCCAGCUUUAUGUUUUAUUAUUACUUGCUUAUACAGUAAGUUUCAGUGAUAUAUUGUGAUAAAUUCCCCCUUUGAAUACUGAAUGAACUUAUCUUUGUGGAGAUUCCUGCUUGUUUUGUAGGUGUACAUACAACUGCUUACAGCCAGUCUUCAGCCAAAGAGGGCUGGGACACUGUGUUGCAUAUAGAAAAAUUACCUCAGGAAGCUUGUAGUGCUCACAGUUAACAAAUUUUGAAUUUUUGAGGAAGUACCUUCUUCACCAUGUUAACUUCCACUAUUAGUGUAUUAGAAACACUUGACUAUUUUGAAACAACAAAGUUGGCACAUUCAGCAAAAGUGCACAAGCCAAGACAUCCUUCAGGGGAAAUCUGUGGGCCUCUUUCUAAGCCUGCUGAAGCAGGUUGUGCACAGCUCAGCUGUUGCAGUUGCUCAACCUCCCUUUUAAUUGGUUGAUGACUGUGUAUUUUGGGAGACUUGGAGAGUAUUGUGAUAAUAAUGGUGCUGCAGUUGAUUCUGUAUCCCAGAGGGCUAGGACUAUAUAUGGUCCCUGGCCAUCUAAGAAUUUGAGCUGGCGCCAAAACAAGCCAAUACUUAAAUGUACGGCCUUCAAACACUUUGUUGUACAUUAUACUGUCAGUUAAAGUGUCUUUCAGACCUCCAAUAAACAAAUAUACUUAU